AUGGCUGUCGCCGAUCUUGAUUUACCUGUGGCACAUUAUGACUUGUUCGCACAUGAAGCACAUCGUCUUAUUGAUCAACUUGUAAAUCAAUCAUUAGCACAUGUAAAUGAUACGAAGAAAACAUUCGAUGAAACUAAUGAGGAAUAUAAUAUUCAAAGAGAUCGGUUUGUUAUAUUAGAAAAUGAAGCAAAAACAAAAGGACAAACAUCAGUACGUUGGCCAAGUAUUGCUGAAUUUACCAAUGCAAAAAUUGGUGUAGAAAAAAUCAAUGAAUAUAUUGAAAAAGAAUGGAAAACAUCACCAGGUGGUUACGAUAGUAGUUGGUUAUAUGCAAUUGAUUUUGUUGAACAAAAAUCAUUAGAAUUUAAUGAUCUAUACAUAUAUCGAGUAUGUUAUUCAAUACCGACACGACGACAACCAAUACCAAGACAAACAGUUUCGAUUUAUUUUACAAUUGAUGUGUCAAAAGUAAAACCUAAAAAUACAACAGUACAAGUUUCAUUUGUAUUUGAAACAAUGAGAAUUGUUUAUCAUCCAGGUGAAUUUCGUUUUCGCCAGAAUUGGUUACAAGAUAUUGUUUUAUUAAAAGAAAAAAUGAUCAAGAAUAUUGAUUUUUAA